CCGCCAAUACCAUCAACUGAGGGAACUGACCCAUUUGAAAUGAUUUGUGAUGAUGCACAAAUUGCUGAAUGGAACAAUCAAGGAUUACCAAGUGAUCGUAUGUCUGCAGAAAAUGCUGCCAUUUUGGUUCAAUCUCAGCGAUAUCCUCUUAUGAUUGAUCCCCAAUUGCAGGGAAUAAAGUGGGUUAAAGCAAAAUAUGGGUCGUCCCUUGUAGUAUUACGACUUACCCAAAGGGGUUAUCUUGACUUGGUGGAAAAAGCGGUAAGUAAUGGAAACGUACUCUUAAUUGAAAAUAUUGGAGAGAAUGUCGACGCUGUUCUGAAUCCAUUACUUGGUCGUAUGCUUAUUAAAAAGGGAACCAUUUUAAAGAUUGGCGACCGUGAAAUUGACUUUAAUCCCAAUUUCCGUUUGAUAUUGCAUACAAAGUUAGCUAACCCUCAUUAUAAACCUGAAAUGCAAGCCCAAACCACACUUAUAAAUUUUACAGUAACUCGUGACGGAUUAGAAGAUCAACUAUUAGCCGAAGUAGUCAAAGUUGAAAGACCUGACUUAGAAUCUAUGCGAACUCGCCUAACUCAACAACAAAAUCAUUUUAAAAUUACAUUAAAACUUUUAGAGGAUGAUCUUUUGGCCCGAUUAUCCUCAGCUGGUGAUAAUGUUCUUGAAGAUAUAACUUUGGUCAUGAAUCUAGAAAAAACAAAGAAAACAGCGGACGAAAUUGAAAUAAAGGUUGCUGAAGCUAAGAUUACAGGUGUUCAAAUUGACACUGCCAGAGAAGCAUAUAGACCUGCUGCCGAGAGAGCUUCUAUUAUAUAUUUCAUACUUAACGACUUAUUUAAAAUAAACCCAAUCUAUCAGUUCUCAUUAAAAGCGUUCACAGUUGUUUUUAAUAAUGCAAUGAUUAACUCCACUCCGGCUGAGAAAUUGAAGGAUCGUGUUGACAAUUUAAUGGAAUCAAUUACAUAUAGCUGUUAUAUUUAUACAUCUCGAGGACUUUUUGAGCAAGACAAACUUAUAUUUCUCACCCAAAUGUGUUUGCAGAUACUGGUGAAUAUGGGUGAAGUUGAAGCAACUGAACUUGAUUUUCUUCUCCGAUUUCCAUAUAUGCCUAAUCAAACUUCUAAUUUCUCCUGGCUUAGUCAUACUGGAUGGGGGGGUAUUCGCGCAUUAAAUAACUUACCAGCUUUUAAAGGACUUGAAAAAGAUAUUGAAAGUUCGCAUAAGCGAUGGAUGAAAUUUAUUGAUUCCGAGUGUCCUGAGAACGAAAAAUUACCUGGUGAAUGGAAAACAAAAUCAGCAAUUCAAAGAUUAUGUAUAAUGCGGUGUAUUCGCCCAGAUCGGAUGUCAUAUGCCAUGAAAGGCUUCAUUGAUGAGAAAUUAGGUUCAAAGUAUAUUGACGCACGGUCAAUAGAAUUCUCUAAAACCUUUAAAGAAUCGAGCCCUGAAACUCAUAUCUUCUUUGUUUUAUCACCAGGUGUUGACCCAUUAAAGGAUGUAGAAAAAAUUGGCAAGGUCUUAGGUUACAGCUUUGAUCAUGAAAACUUUCAUAGUGUAUCAUUAGGCCAAGGACAAGAAAUUAUUGCUGAAAAAGCUAUUGAGAUAGCUUCACAACAAGGUCAUUGGGUCAUUCUGCAAAAUAUUCACCUUGUUGCCCGUUGGCUAUCCAGUCUUGAAAAGAAAAUAGAGGCAUCGCUAAUCAAUGUGAACCCGAAGUAUAGACUUUUUUUAAGUGCUGAGCCUGCAGCGGAUCCAUUAAAUCAUAUUUUACCACAAGGAAUUCUUGAGUCUGCAAUUAAAAUUACCAAUGAGCCGCCGACAGGAAUGAUGGCAAAUAUACAUAAAGCCUUGGACAAUUUUUCCGACGAAACUCUAGAGAUGUGUUCUAAAGAAACAGAAUUUAAGGCCAUUCUUUUCUCACUUUGUUAUUUUCAUGCCGUUGUAGCAGAGCGACGUAAAUUUGGACCCCAAGGUUGGAAUAGAUCCUAUCCGUUCAAUGUGGGGGAUCUUACAAUUUCUGUGUAUGUUCUAUUUAAUUAUUUGGAAGCUAAUACUCGUGUUCCGUGGGAAGAUCUACGUUAUUUGUUCGGAGAGAUCAUGUACGGUGGACAUAUUACAGAUGAUUGGGACCGUCGAUUAUGUCGUACCUACCUUGAGGAAUUUAUGCAACCUGAGCUUAUCGAUGGCGAUCUGGAAUUCUGUCCUGGCUUUCCAGCUCCUGGAAUUUUAAAGUACGCUGGAUAUCAUCAGUAUAUCGAUGAGCAUUUGCCAUCAGAAAGCCCUGCACUUUAUGGCUUAAAUCUUAACGCCGAAAUUGGAUUUCUGACUACAGUUUCAGAGCGUUUAUUUCGAAUAGUCUUUGAAUUACAGCCUCGUAUGUCAAGCGGCUCAGGUGGAGGUGGUGAGUCUGUUUCACAAGAGGAUAUUAUUAAGGGUGUUAUUGAAGACUUACUAGAUAAAGUUCCCACACCUUUUAAUAUAGUAGAACUUAUGUCACGUGUAGAAGAUCGUAAUCCUUAUAUUAUAGUUGCCUUUCAAGAAUGUGAACGGAUGAACAUUCUUAUGUCUGAACUUAGGCGGUCACUUAACGAACUAGAUUUGGGUCUCAAAGGGGAACUUACAAUCUCAUCCGUUAUGGAGGACCUAAUGUUAUGCCUCUACAUGGAUCAAGUGCCUGAACAGUGGACCAAGCUUGCCUAUCCAAGUUCUUUAGGUCUUCAGUCAUGGUUUGGCGACCUAAUACAGCGUCUUCGAGAAUUAGAAAGUUGGGUUUCUGAUUUUAAAUUGCCAUCAUCUAUUUGGCUAGCUGGCUUCUUCAAUCCACAAUCGCUGCUGACUGCUAUUAUGCAACAAACAGCACGUAAAAAUGAAUGGCCACUUGAUCGAAUGUGUCUUAACUGCGAUGUUACUAAAAAAUUUAAGGAAGAAUUUACUUCCGCUCCUAGAGAAGGAGCUUAUGUAAAUGGGUUGUUUAUGGAAGGUGCUCGAUGGGACAUGAAAAUGGGCACAAUAACAGAUGCCUUAAACAAAGAGUUAUUUCCUUCUAUGCCUGUUAUUUACAUUAAAGCCGUUACUCAAGACAAACAAGACACAAAGAAUAUUUAUGAAUGUCCCGUAUAUAAAAUACGGUGA